GGACGAAACUUUGCUCGCCUACGUGCAGACAGACAUGAGCAAUCCAUGGUGAAGUAGAGGAAGUUUCCAGACCCAUUCAAAACAAGAACCUUGUCCUUCUGGAGGCGGCGGAGGUGAUGGCGCUCCUGAAAAGCGUGGUCCUGGUGUGUCUGCUCCCGGUCCUGGUCCAGGUGGAGGCUCAGUAUGAGAAGUACAGCUUUAAAAGUUUCCCGCAGAAGGACAUCAUGCCACUGGACUCUGCGUACAACUACGCGCUGGAGCAGUAUGGGGAGCAGAACUGGGCAGAGAGCAUCAAGUUCCUGGAGCUCAGCCUGCGGCUCCACCGGCUGCUGCGGGACAGCGAGGCUUUCUGCAGCCGCAACUGCAGCUCCGUCAGCCGGGACAACGACAGUCUGUUCGCCGACAGCACCCUCCGCGUCGUGCGCCAUAUCCUGCUGAGGGCUGCGUGCCUCAAGAAGUGCAAGGCGGAUUUUCCAGUGUUUAAAAUCACAUACCCACGCAGGGAUUUACUGGAAACUUUUGAGAAAAGGACGCCGUAUCGGUACAUACAGUAUGCGCAAUACCAGCUGAACAACCUGGAGAAGGCUAUUGCGGCGGCCCACACCUUCCUCAAGAAGAACCCCACCGACCCCUAUCUGACCAAGAACAUGGACUACUACAAGACGCUGUUCGACGUCGACGAGUAUCUCAUCGACCACGAGGAGCAGCCGUAUGAAAGUCUGUUCCUGAAGAGCGUGACGCUCUACAACAGCGGCGACUUCAGCAGCAGCGCCAGAAAUAUGGAGCAGGCCGUCACGCAGUACUUUGAAAUCUACAGUAUGUGCUUGGCAGGCUGCGAGGGCUCGUAUGAGAUCGUCGAGUUCAAAGACUUUUAUCCCACGCUGGCAGAUCUCUACACUGGUGCGCUGAAGUGCAAAGUGAAAUGUGAAGAGCACCUGACUCCAAGUGUGGGAGGCUUCUUUGUGGAGAAGUUUGUAGCCACCAUGUAUCACUACCUCCAGUUUUCCUAUUAUAAAUUAAACGACGUGAAGAACGCUGCUCCAUGUGCAGCCAGUUACAUGCUGUUUGACAGUACAGACCAGGUGAUGCAGCAGAACGUAGCGUACUACCGCUUCUACAGGGAGCAGUGGGGACUCGAGGAAAAAGACUUCCAGCCUCGGCCUGAGGCGCUGAAGUAUUUUAUCGAGACGACCAAGCAGAAAGAGAUGCUGGAGUUUGCACUGAACUACCUACAAACAGACGAUGAGGAUGAAGUGAGUCCAGAAGAAAUGGCCUCCUCUCACUCAGAGCAUCCCGACACAGAGUUUGAGGGGAUGGGAGACUACGAGGAGUCCUUCCUGGCUGAGUGGUGGCAAGAACCCAAAACCAAGUCUGACACUGGAGAGGUGGCAGACUGAUACUGUCCUUGUCUCCUGUGCAGAACAUAUCCUGACAACAAACAACAUCAGCAGACACCUAAGGAGAAAAAAAAAACACAACUUAUGCACAUGUGUGUUCCCCAACUGGAGAAUAUAAGGACCAGCUCAUUCAUAAUGUUGAUCAAGAUCAGAGAUUGACAUGUUCUGUCUUGGCUGUCAUCAGCCUUUUAAAACUCUUCUUUUUUUUUUUAUUGGAAGACGUUGGACUGUAUGCCAAUGCUUGUUACUGACUUUUCUACAUGUUUUAUUUAAUUAAAGAUGAAUGCCCGUGUGUGUCGGGGCGUGAGGAA